GAGGAGUCCUGGCCUCGCAGACCCUGCUCUGCACAUACACAUCUGUGCUCACAGGCCUGGCGGGUGUGGUCCAAAUUGUUCAGUGGUUACAAAUGGGUCCUCCUCCUCUCGCCGCUAUUCCUGCUAUUUCUCACCAUUUUCAUCAUGGCCUUAACGCUACCUCCACCUGCUCCCCAUCCUGACGUGGACCGCUGGCCUUCCCGCGCCUUAAGCUCCGCCCACGAGUUCAAGUCUCGACCUAGGACUUCGGAGCCACUUCCUGGUCCUGUUUUACACCAACCAAUCAGCUUCAAAGUUCUUCCAAACAACAAAGCCUGGGAAAGUGAUCACGGGAAGAUGAAAAACUCUAAAAAUGUUGCAGAUGGCAAAAACAUAUUUAGAAGCCACGUGUCCAAAAAUAAGGAGAAGAAUGAAAAGGAGACAGGAGGCAGUGCCAGGCAGACAACCAGUCAUGCCAAUCCACAAAUACCACAGUUUACAGGCAACAGCAAAAGACCGAAACCUAGAAUUAAGCCAGGCAACCACAGUAGAGAGUCGUAUAUACAAGUGGAAGGGGGAAAAUCUGGAGCAGGUCAUGUCCUUUCUAUGAGAGAUGGUGAUAUAAAAACAAUACUCGAAAAGGCUGAUAGUGCAAUGCAAGCAAAACAUAAGGACUAUGGAAUGUCAGAUUUCAAAAGGCACAAUACAAUGCCUGCAGAUGCUGUGUCAGUAGUGCAUCCAAAGACUAUGGAGAAACUAGGUAAAGAUAGUAUUAAAUGUCCAAAUUUUAAACCAGAGAGCAUUCCAGGUGGUGAUGAUAGAAGUAUCAGGGUGAGCAGAGACAGGAGGGAGGUACCCUGGUUCAGUGAAGAUGACAUCCAGAAGCUGAAGCUGCUCGCUGGAGGAGAGCCAGUGACCAAGGCCAGGGUCCCAGCGCACGGACAGGUUCUGCAGGUGGCUCUGGAGAUGCCUGGACAAAAACAGGCACUGGGGAAUGGAGUGCCUGAGGACUCCCCCGCCAUGACCCAUACCAAUCACUGCCACAGGGGGCAGUGUUCUUUGGUCAAACGCACAGACGACUGGUUUGAAGUCUUUGCCUUCCACUUGGACCGGGUUUUGGGACUAAACCGAAGCCUCCCUGCUGUACUGAGGUCAUUCCACAGUGAGAUUCUGCCCUACAGAUACAUCAGAGGGGGGCCCAGACCAGUGGUGUGGUGGGACCCUGACAUACAACACUUGGAGGACAGUAACAACGACCAAAACUCUGUCCCACUGAGCUAUGAUCAAUAUCAGAAGAUGUUGAAGGCUCGAUGUGGGAUAAAGACUGGUCUGAAUGAAGAGCCCUGUGUUGAGGUGAAUCACUCAGAGUGGAGCAGGCUGGCACUGUUCGACUUCCUACUGCAGGUGAAUGACCGCUUGGACCGAUACUGCUGUGGUUUUAAGCCUGACCCCUCAGACCUGUGUGUGGAGAACAGGCUUAACUCGAGAUGUGGCAACACCAGAGAUCUGCAGCUGGUUCACAUCCUGGUGAGGAGAGCCAACCCAUCCAGACUGGUUUUCAUAGACAACGCUGGUCGCCCUCUGCAGCCUGCGGACAACCUCAACUUUCGACUGCUCCAUGGCAUUGACCAAUUUCCAGAGCGGGCUGUAUCUGUGCUGCAGUCAGGCUGUCUAGAGUCUCUUCUUUUGCGCUCCCUUUACACCGACAAAGAAUUCUGGGAUAGCCGCAGAGGAGCCAGAGGUCUGAGGGCUCUGAUCCAGGCUGUGGAGCGGAGAGGGCAGAUACUACUACAACACAUCAGGGACAAGCACCUGCCCCUGUGGACGGACCUGUGAGCUGAGAGACGGCAAUCAAUGUGUGGAGGAUACGAUAUGAUACAAUAAC